GGGCGGCCGGGCGCGGACUCGCUCUCCCAGAGUGCCCCGCGGGGGGCCUGGCGUGGCCCGGCUUGGCCUGGGAGGCUGCUACCGCUAACUGCCCGAGAUCCGACGCUCUGGCUUCUUCCCCGUUCUCGGGGUGGCGGCGCGAUGGACAGCCCCGAGGUGACCUUCACGCUCGCCUACCUGGUCUUCGCCGUGUGCUUCGUGUUCACGCCCAACGAGUUCCACUCGGCCGGGCUCACGGUGCAGAACCUGCUGUCGGGCUGGCUGGGCAGCGAGGACGCCGCCUUCGUGUCCUACCACUUGCGCCGCACGGCCGCCACGCUGUUGUGCCACUCGCUGCUGCCGCUCGGCUACUAUGUGGGCAUGUGCUGUGCGGCUUCAGAAAAGCGACUCUACUCCCCCAGCCAUGCCCCAGAGGCCUGGCAGCUCUUCCUCCUGCUGGCUGUGACCCUCCCUUCUGUUGCUAGCAUCCUGAUUUACUACUGGUCCCAGGACCAGUGGACCUGCCAUCCAUUGGCCCGCACCCUGGCCCUCUAUGCCCUCCCACAGUCCGGCUGGCAGGCCGUGGCUGCCUCCAUCAACACUGAGUUCCGGCGGAUUGAUAAGUUUGCUACUGGUGUGCCAGGUGCCCGUGUAAUUGUGACAGACACAUGGGUGAUGAAGGUUACCACAUACCGUGUGCACGUGGCCCAACAGCAGGAUGUACACCUGACAGUGACAGAGUCUCGGCAGCAUGAGCUCUCACCAGACUCAAACCUGCCUGUGCAGCUCCUCACCAUCUGUGUGGUCAGCGCCAGUCCUUCUGUGCAACCCUUUGAUAUCCGGCUGAACUCGACAGAAUAUGGCGAGCUAUGUGAGAAGCUCCGGGCACCCAUCCGCAGUGCCGCCAACGUAGUCAUCCACCAGAGUCUGGGUGACCUAUUCUUGGAGACAUUUGCCUCCCUGGUGGAGGUCAACCCAGCCUACUCUGUGCCUAGCAGCCAGGAGCUGGAAGCUUGCAUUGGUUGCAUGCAGACACGUGCCAGUGUGAAGCUGGUGAAGACAUGCCAGGAGCCUGCCGUAGGCGAGUGCCAGCAGUGCUACUGCCGCCCCAUGUGGUGUCUCACCUGCAUGGGCAAGUGGUUUGCCAGCCGCCAGGACCCCCAGCGCCCUGACACCUGGCUGGCCAGCCGUGUGCCUUGCCCCACCUGCCGAGCUCGCUUCUGCAUCCUGGAUGUGUGUACUGUGCGCUGAGCUUCCCAGAGGAUGUGGGUAGGGCCUUGGAGAUCUGGAAUGGACUCUGUGGCCCUGCCAGCCACUUGCCCCUGCCAGGGAGUGGCCAUACCUCCCUGGCCUUGGCAUUGGGCUCUAUUCAAAGCACAUGACCUGAAGCCACUCUGCCUUGAGCCUACUGUAUGUUGAGGAUAUUUGUCUAAAAGAAAUUUCAUCAGAGAUACUCUAUCCACAGGGACUUCUGCACUUUGUCUUUCUGGCCACCUUCCUCCAGGUGAGGGCAGGUACUGAAACUGAGAGCAUUCCAGGGCCUCCAGAACCUAGGACUGCCUUGAUGACCUUCACCUGGCCACUUUGCCUUAACUUUACCAAGCACAUCUAUCCCUCAAUUAUGAGCCAGACUCAUGUCCGUUCACCCAGGCCCAUUCUCUGGCCCAUGUCCUGGAGCUGGCUGCUGGCUCUGGUGUUGGGACACCUUCCCCAGCCAUGGAUACUGCUUGGAAUACUUGAGGUGGAGCCCAACUGUGGAAGUGGAGAUUUGGGGUGCCACUGUAGUGUGAAGGUCCAAGCUGGGGCAUUUUGGUGGCUGCAGCCUGCUGAGAGGCUAGUCCUGGAUGAGGAAGCAGGAGUAGCAAGCUGGGGUCAGUCCACGAUGCCUCCACUCACUCCUGGGGGCCACCUAGCACCUGGAGGGUAUUCACUGUGCCCUGGUGUAUUUGGCUCCCAUGGUCCACAGAAGACUGAGGCAUCAGACUUGGCCCCAGGACAGCAGGGAGGAUGUUGAGCCACAGGGACAUCCAGAAGUCAAGCCCACCAGGGACAAAGGAUAGGGCCAGUCAUUGACUCUGAGUCUGCCUGGUUCUGAAGAGGUACUCCCAAUGGUCAAAGUUCUGAUGGGCAUGCUGCCCUACUGAUGAUUUGAUGGUUCAGGUUGGAGGGGAAGAAGUCACCCCCCACCAGCUCUGACACAGUGGUUGCUGGAGGGAGGCCCUCACAUCUGUGCCCUACACCUUGCUGUUUCAAGCAGGCAUGAAGGAUCCAGCUAGCCCUACUUAUCCAAGGCUGAGCCUAACCCCAGGAGGUUUUCCAGCAGAGCAAGCUGUUUUGGGGAAUGGGGAUUGGUGGCAAGGCCAAGAGCCAGUCACAGAAUUUCAAGGGCUGCCUAGGAAAGGCCAGCAAUUUGGGGGUUGUUUUUACCAAAAAAGGAAGUUUGUUUUAUACAGAUAAAUGUAGCUAAAUGAUACUGUACUUAAUAAAAUAUUAGUUUGAA